AUGGAGCUGUUGGCUUUCCAACAAAUCCCCACUUUCGUUCUCCCCAACAGGGCAACCGCCGCAGUUGCUGACCUGUGCCAGUUUUAUGACAACAUUCACGCCAUAGUCCUCGAUCACCGCAAACAACAAGGGCGCGAUCAUUCGGGCUUUAAGGCGUUGAGUCAGCUCUGUAAAGAGAUAUCUAAGAUAGUGGUUCUGUGGAGAAAUGCCGACGACCAGAUCGAACCCCCAAACCUGAAGCCUCUCAUUGAAUUUGCGCAGCACUUGGAGGACAGGUUCGGAAAAGGCGGUGUCGAGGACGAGACGAAGUCGGAGAAGUACAUAAGGUUUAUCUCUGCAAGAGCGCGGGAUGGCAAGCAGCAGACCCAAAAGGAGGACGCCCUAGUUGUCAUGGCUGAAAAUAUAAAGAAGGCCUUGAACCCGACCACUGUGGACAAGGCGGGCGUUGAAGUCCAACAAGAAAUUCAUGGGCCGUGGAUUUUGGUGACAGUGGACGGGUACUGGGCCGAGGGCUCGCCCGUAGCACACCACAGGCCAAAUGCAGGUGACUUCGACCCGCUCAAGAAAGACUUGUCGUGUACGGAGCCGGAACCUUGGGGCGAGAAGGUGUACAUUUGGUCCCGCAGUGCCUACUCCUCCCCGCAAAUGACCUUCCUCAUCCCUGCCGAUGAUGCGAGGGAAGUCGACGGAGACCCACUGCUGCGUUGGAACGACGGGGAAUCCGAUUUUCUUUCAAGUAUUGGGAGUGUAUCCGCACCUGUUCCCCCGUGUGUGGAAGCCACAGGCGGAUACGACGGCCGUAUUGGCAGUUGUGAACUGGCAGGAGAUCAAAUCAUGUGUUAG